UUUUGCUAACAGACAAGGUACACAGUCAAAUUUCAACUUCAAUUCACAAUGUCUCGUAUGAAUGGGUUAGCCCGAAGACUCUAUCUUGGCAGGGACCUGCGAGGAUCCCUCCUCCGACGUCCAGCCCGCUGCGGCUUCUCCACUACUGCCACACGCCCGUUGAUGGAACUGACUGGCUUUACGGAGAACCAACUGACCGUCCGAGAUGCCGUAUCGGCCGUCUGCGCCAAAUUCCCCAACACUUACUGGCAAGAGUGUGAUCAGAACGAGCGCGAUCCAAAGGAGUUUCACGCCGCCCUCGCUCAGGACGGAUGGCUAGGCAUUGCGCUACCAGAGGAACUGGGGGGUGCUGGACUCGGCAUUUCGGAGGCAACGAUGAUGAUGCAGACCAUUACUCAAUCGGGCGCAGGUAUGGCCGGCGCCCAGGCCAUCCACGCUAACGUGUAUGCGACACAACCGCUGGCUCGGUUCGGUACGCGGGAGCAGCUGGAGGAGACGAUCCCCAAGAUCAUCAACGGCACGUGGCGGACGUGUUUCGGUGUGACGGAGCCGAACACGGGUCUGGAGACGCUGAAGCUGAAGACGCUGGCGACCAAGAUCCCCUCUCGUGAUGCCUACUCGGUGACCGGGCAGAAGAUCUGGAUCACCUGUGCGCAGGUGGCCGCGAAGAUGAUCCUUCUAGCGCGGACUACACCGCUGGAGGAGGUGACCAAGCCGACGCAGGGCCUGUCGCUAUUCUGCAUUGACCUGGACCGCAAUCAGUCCGGUCUGGACAUGCGCAAGAUCAAGAAGAUGGGUGGCCGCGCGGUGGACGCUAACGAGGUGUUCUUCGACCAGUAUACCAUCCCGGCGAAGACGCUGAUCGGGCAGGAGAAUGACGGGUUCCGCAUCAUCCUGCACGGCAUGAACGCGGAACGGUGUCUGCUGGCCGGCGAGGCCCUGGGAUUGGGCUACGCGGCGCUGGAGCGCGCAGCGCAGUACGCCCAGGAGCGAGUCGUCUUUGGCCGGCCGAUCGGGCAGAACCAGGGCAUCGCGCACCCGCUGGCGGAUGCGUACAUGAAGCUCGAGGCGGCCAAGCUGGCCACCUACCAUGCGGCGCGUCUCUACGAUGCAUCGCACCAGGACGAGAGCAUCCCCGCGCACUCGGUGGGUGUGGCCUGCAACAGUGCGAAGUACCUGGCGGCCGAAGCGGCCUUUACCGCGUGUGAGCGGGCGGUGCUCAGCCACGGUGGAAUGGGUUACGCGAUGGAGUACGACGUGGAGCGCUACCUACGCGAGUGUCUAGUUCCUCGAAUCGCACCGAUCAGUCGGGAAAUGAUCUUGAACUACGUGAGCGAGAAGGUUUUGCAGCUGCCUCGGAGUUAUUGA